AUGGCAAAGUACAGCAAAAUCUUGAGCCUUGUGCUGAGGUUUGUAGCCAUGGCUGCAAGCGUGGCUGCGGUUGUAGUCAUCGUCACCAGCCAUGACACUGCUCAUGUCUUGAACUUGACUUUCACUGCCAAGUACAGUAACACCCCAGCUUUCAAGUACUUCAUGAUCGUGGAAGCAAUUGCAGGCAUAUACAGUCUGAUAACUCUCUUUCUUUCUGGCAAGAACUGGUUUAGGCGCUUCGUUAUUAUCUUAGAUGUGGUUAUGACAGUGCUUUUGAGCUCAAGCAUUUCAGCAGCAUUGGCGAUAGGUGAUGUGGGAAAAAAAGGGAAUGAUCAUGCCGGGUGGUUGCCCAUCUGUGGACAAGUGCCCAAGUUUUGCGACCAUGUCACCGGAGCUCUUAUCGCUGGCGUAGCCUCGACCAUCUUAUAUUUUGCUCUAGUUCUUUACUCUUUGUACACUGUUUUGGAUCCUCUCUUGCUGUGAAGAACUUGAUCCUCUCCCAUAAGUCAUUACGCAUAUAUGUAUUGUUAUUGCAUGGAGUAGUCAUGAUGGAUGAUGAUCAAGAUUAUUAUUCUCUAUUUGAAAAUCUUAUAUCAACUUUAUGUUCAAACCACUGAUGAUCAAAGAGAGAAAUUUAGAGUGGUAUUGGAUAGGAAUUGAUGAUACAGAUAUUUUGGAUAGGUUGAUCUUGAUUUCAUGUUACAAUUUCAUCAUUUUAAUUUCUCUUGUAUCUUUCUUCUUUUCUUCUUUUUUUUCUCUCCCACCUACCUUCAAUAAUACUCAUCUUAAUCUGUUUGUAUCU